CAUACACAACAGGAAUACGACUUGAAUUCUUAUGGCCGCCAAUACGUGACUUCGUUCUCUUUCCUUCCGCAAAUUUCUGUCAAAGCCAGGCCCUAGACAGGGCGCAUAGUCUUUUACUUGUUGAAGCAAAAGUAGGAAUGGCUGAGGCAGGAGGCCUUCGGGAAACGCGUGCGGAGGAAGAGGCUCGCCGUAAGCUGCGCCAAGAGCUGCGGAACCAGAAGGAGGAUGUACAAAAGAACAAGGAGGUGCUUUGCGACAUGAGUACAAACCGCUUGGACGAGGCUGUUAAGCGCCUUGACAACCUGCUCGAUCGCGGUGACACGCUAGGUGACAGCUUUCGAAGAGCAAAGGAGGUGUCUGCCCAAGCGGAAAUCCUCCGCACGCUCACCAGCUAUGGUGUGGAGGCCACAAACAAGCUGGUGCAGCAGCAGCAGGGGCGGGGACCCAUGGAGCUGAUUACGGCGUUGCGGGCGGCUUUUGUGCACACCAGCGACCCCCAACGAGACGGCGAAGAGGAUCCAAUGGCCUUUUGCUGGAGCGAGCUUGCUGCAGCAACGGAACACCUCAGACGCCCGGCACGGGGCAUGCACUGCAUGUUGGGCCCCAUGGACGCCAAGCCCAAGGAGCGCAAGGCGCCGGUACAGCGCCAGAGGAAGCAGGCGCUUGGUGAGCUUGAGAAGCCGGAGGAGGUGCAGCAGAUCCAGUCGGAGGAGAAGCAGGAGACGGACCGCAACAUGACUGUCAUGUGGGACAUCCUUAGGGAGCAGCCCAACCGCACGGCUCAGAUGGUGCGGGCCAUCUGCAACCACCGCUCGUUCGCCCAGACGGUUGAAAACCACUUUGCGCUGUCCUUCCUGGUGCGGGACAACCACGUGGAGCUGCUGGACACUGAGGACGGCUACUAUGUGCGGGUGAUCGAGGGGCGCCAGGGGCCCGGCGGCGCUGCUGCCAACAAGCCCAACAACACCAGUGACGCACUGCCCAACCAGUACGUCCCCUCGAUGCACAUGGACGAAUGGGACGAGAUGUGCGAGUACCUGCGUCCCGAGGAGUGCCUAAUGCCGCAUCGGGAUUAUGACGAACCGGCAGGCGGCGGUGCGGCAGGAGGCUGGGGGCAUGCGGCAAGGACAGGAGAAGAGGCAUGGGCGCCUCAAAUCAAGCGACAACGAACAGGCCGUUAGGCAAGCGCGGUUGCGCAACGGACGUUACAACUCAUGCAUCAAUGACUGACCGGUGCAUCAUGGGGGGGCUUGUGGAAGGUAGUAUUGCAGCCUGUGCAUAGUACUGUGGGGCCAGGGAAGAUGGCGGUCGGUUGGGUAGGUGAUCGGAAAAACAUGUAUAGCACAACGGGGCUCCUAGGUAGCAUUCCAAGGCAGGCUGUGUUACACUUACGCCUGUCAGUAAGGGUCUGCUCGUUUGCGCAGUUCACAUACGAUGUUAAGCGUGUUGUGAUUGGUGCCGCAGGAUGCGUAACUAUCUAUUCCGUACAUAUAAGUGUCCGACAUGCCGCCCGUAGAAAACGCCGGGCGCACGCCAGCAAUUGCCGUCAUGCGUGACACUUUAAUCCGUUGUGCUUAUUAAAUAGCAGCAGAUGCUUGCCGCUCGGAGAGCUAUUCCUGGCUUUGCUGUUAACCGUCACAAUUUUCGUUUCUUCGCUCGCUCUGUAUAUACACGGCAUAGUGUGAUGGAGACUGUAACUGGGAGUGCAAGCACACCGUCGACGACCCCGGCAGCUGGGAAUCCACAGGAGCCGGAGGUUUACAGCGACCGAUGGGAGAUGUUGUGGGCAGAAGGAUUGCAACCCGGACAGCGUUGGGACGCAUCCGGCGCUUCUCCAUCGCUGAAGAAUUUGCUUGCGUCUGGAAAGGUUGACGUACACGAUAAGCGAGUGCUGGUGCCAGGAUGCGGUCGGGGCUAUGACCUGCCUGUGUUCUUCGCAGCCGGAGCCCGGGAGGCAGUGGGGCUGGAGCUCUCCGCCACGGCCACCCGGGAGGCUGAGGCCUACCUCGACCAGCUGGCAGCGGCAGGAGGGAGGGAAGCGGCAGGGGCGCCUGAACCCGCAGCUCCGGAAGCAGCCUCCUCGGAAGCAGUGUCGGAAGGUGGUGCGGCAGCGCAGCCGCAGCUGCCCCAGAGCGCACGCGGGGCUGUGCGCUGCGUGCAGGGGGACUUCUUUGCGUGGACGGACGCUCAGGGGAAUGGCUCGUACGACGUCGGAUACGAUUACACCUUCGGUUGCGCCAUGCACCCCAGCAUGCGCCAGGACUGGGCGGCCCACUGGGCCCGGCAGCUGCGGGCGGGGGGCCUGCUGGUGACGCUGGUGUUCCCCAUCGACCCGGCAGCGGACCCGCAGGUGGGGCCGCCCUUCCCCGUCUCGCCGCAGCUGUACACGGAGCUGCUGACGCCGGCAGGCUUCGAGUGUGUCUACCACGAGCCUGUGCCGGCGGAGCUCAGCCACCCGUCGCGUGCAGGCCGGGAGGAGAUGAUGCUGUGGCGCAAGCACUGAAGGAAGCGCUGUCGUAAGGAGCAAGCAAGCCCAAAUGCGCCCAUGAUGGCAUGUGUGUGCAUUGCCGAGCAUACUAGGAGCAUUUGCAGCAUACGAGCAGGGACCCCGGACGGGUUUUAACAGUUGCUACGACCUUAAAGCGAUCUAAUUUUUCCUUACCGAUAGGAUGUCAACUGCUGUUGACAAUGUGCCAGAGGGUAAAUGUUAUUGCGGGCUGCGAUGGAAGGGCCGCGUGGCAUGCAUGUGCUGAGGAAGCUGAGAUGUGC